AUGUUUUUAUUGGGGGUGGAGGUUGGUGGUGAGGCGUGGCAGUGGCGUCAUCGGUUAUGGGCGUGGGACGAGGACCUAGUAGAGGAGUGUAGGGCUUUAUUACUGACAGUUUCUUUGCAGGAAUCUGUUUCCGAUAGAUGGUUGUGGUUACCGGAUCAGGGAGGUGGUUACUCAGUCUGUGGGGUGUAUGACAUGCUGACAUCCCAGGAACAGCCUCAGUUACAUUCUUCUAUGGAUUUAAUUUGGCAUAAACAGGUACCUCUAAAAGUAUCUAUUCUUGCUUGGCAGCUUUUGAGGAACGGCUUACCUACGAAAGGAAAUUUGGCAAACCGUGGCAUUAUUUCUAUGGAGGGGCGGUUGUGUGUUUCCGGUUAUGGGCAUGAUGAAGAUGUAAAUCAUUUGUUUUUGUCUUGUCCAUUUUUUGGUGCCUUAUGGUCUUUGGUGCGGGAGCGGCUGGGGGUUGUAGGCGUUGAUUCUCAGUCUAUGACGAAUCAUUUUUUGCAAUUUAUUCAGUAUGCUGGUAGUUUGAAAUCACGUCGAUCAUUCUUCCAUUUGAUUUGGCUUCAGUGUUUUUGGGUUUUAUGGAAUGAGCGGAAUGAUAUAGUUUUUAGAAACAUGCAGAGUUCUUUAUCACAAAUGUUAGACAAAGUAAAAUCAUCUUCUUUGUGGUGGUUAAAAGCUAGUAAUGUUGUUUUUAGCUAUGGUAUUCAUAAUUGGUGGUCGAGCCCUUUGGUUUGUAUGGGCAUCGGUUGA